AAGAGAAACAUACAGAGAUAGAUAAAAUUUUGAAAUAAAUGUACAAUUAAUACUCAUGAAAGAACAUUUUUUUGCCACUGUCAAUUCAUGCUUUAACUGUAAAAAGCUGUUUUGCUGUGUUUUUAACAAUACAGAGGCAAGUGUCCUUCAAUAUGUCACCUAAAAAUAGUCUUCCUCCUACAUGCCCAUGGCACAUACUUCUGCUGUGGCGAACAUAAAUCCUUGUUAGGCUUCAACUUCUUCAUUAUAUUCGAGGGAUUCUGUAACGGAACAUUCCCUCAGUCAUUUCAUUAAUGUAACAUCUUCAGGUACUCAAUCAUUUGUCCCGGACUGAAAUAAUCACCUACCUAAAUUGCACAGCGGCCAGUAGAGGUCGCCACAGCACCUAUUAAUAAUUUAACUGCAGUGGACGCUGUUAACAGGUCCCAAAGCGCCGGAGAAGACCCCAACCUCGACCCUUUGCACAUACUAUUAGUUCAAGUAACUCAUGUGAGAUGUCUGUCUGUCUGUCUGUUUCAGAACCGUCAGUCCAGAGCUGAAAUCAUACGCUCUCGGAGUUCUGUUCCUGCUGCUGAGACUAAUAGGCUUCAUCCCUCCUCCUCUUAUCUUCGGCAUGGGCAUCGAUUCCACCUGCCUCUUCUGGAGCUCUGUGUGUGGUGAGAAAGGAGCGUGCAUGCUGUAUGACAACGUGGCCUACAGGCACCUGUACGUUAGCAUCGCCAUCGUCCUCAAGUCCUCGGCCUUCCUGCUGUACACCACCACAUGGCACUGUCUGAGGAAGAACUACAGGAAGUACAUCAAGAACAACGAGGGUUACCUCACGCCCACCGAACUCUUUUCCUCCAACGUGACUUUGGACAAUUUAGGCAAAGAGAUCACGCAUAAUCCGGCCAACAGGACAAAGUUCAUUUUUAACCUGGAGGACCCAGAGAUGUCCAACAACAUGGAGUCGGUGUUGUAGUCAUGACAACCGAUCUGGUUUGAUCCGGUUUGGAAGAAUGUCCUCCGUUAGAGUUUUACCAUCUUCUCACUUGAAACAACUCACACGAUAUUUUUCUUUUGAUAUCUACAUUACACUCAGUUACACAAUUUUAUUUAUUAUAUUUUUUUAACUUUAAUAUAAAUUAUCAAGACCAUUUGUCUUUAAAAACAACAACUUAUAUUUGGAUUUUUUUUUUCUCUCUGCCGGAAGAGAAGAUAAAAAGUCACUUUAACUCCACCAAAAAAAAAAAAAAAAACACGCAGGUAUGUUGCAGUGAUGUGUUCCCAUCCCAGACUUGUCUUCUAGCGGACUCCGAUGGAGUCGUUUUCUUUCCGGGAAGGUUGAAGAAUCAGUGCGUUAGAAAUCAGCGUGUUUGUCUGUUUUUGUUUUCCUGUAGAAGGAAAUAUUCCUCAGGUCAAAUCGCAGAAUGAGAGUUAAUGUAUUUAUUCAUGGUCAGAUUUUGGCAUGAACACAGACAUUCUCUGGACUGAUAGUUGAGAUCUAUCGUUAAGGAAAGUAUCCCCAUAGGAAACUUCUUUAUCAUCGCUCCAUCACUUUGAGUUUAAAAUACCAAGAAAAAAUAAUAAUAAUAAUUUUAGCUUCCUGCACCAUUAACAGUUGGGAAGGAAAGGGUUAAAGGACAAUUCUGGAGACCAAAUUUAUACACUUCUUCACCGCUGACCCAGAAUCAGAUUUCACAGCAGUGGCGGAAAGUUACAAAUGAAUCCUUUAAACCUCAUUAUUCAUCAUCCUGUGACGUUCUAGACAUUGUGAACAAAGUUUAUCACAAGAUAUAUUUAUUUGAUGUAUUUUUUUAGUAAAAAUCCAAUCUUUUUUUUUUCGUUUAAAGAUAUUAUACGACCCUAUUAUUUUCAAAGGUUUUCUUAAACUAAUUCAGUGAAUUCUGAUUCAGUGUCCCUCAAAAUUGAAGCUGUUUUUCCAGAUAAUAAUUCAUUAUAAACAGCAACAAUAUUGUAGCAGUUUAGUGGCAAGUUCAAUAAAUUAAAAAAAAAAAACAUUUUGUAGUAACUUGCAGUAGAUCGUGCAGGAAUUUUAGACUAGUGUCGGGAAGAGAGCAUGUAGUUCUAUCUCGCCUACAGGGGGUGCUAGAAAUGUAGAUUGAAUUCCCUUGUAAUACAAUCAAGACUUCUUCUAAAUAUUUGAUGUUUUACUUACUAUUAAGACGAGCGACUGUAGAUUGGAUGGACAGGAUGCACUUCUGAGUCUGCAGUUAAACACGUCCUGUGUACUGUAGUGCAGAGCGCCCCCAUCGGAUUGUUAGCAGUACUGUAUUCCUAAAAGAAAAACAAAAAAAAAACAGAUGGAUAAAACCACAGUUACUAAUUUAAAUACUUUAACCAAAUACCCAAAUAUUUGUCACAACACAGAGUCAAUAUGUUCAGCUGUGACCUCUUUCUGCCACUUCUCCUUCCUCGGGUUCAAACAACAGCUUUGGUAGCAGUUGCAUCGCAUCACUUACUGGUGAACAUCGUUUGAGUCUAAAUGUAAUGUCAUUUCGAGAAGACGGGGAAAAGUUAAAAAUGCAGACAGAGGGCAGUGUCAGUGCAGGUGAACGCACCACUCACUAAUGCCUCAUUUAAACAAAUAAGGGUUUUUUUUUUUCUUUCUUUUAACUCAUUGAUUCGUUUAUUUUAGGAAAUUCCUGAAUACACUACACUUAACUGAAAAAAGUACAGAAUACUCAAUGGGCCAGGUACAACACAUGCAUGGUGCACAGAAAAGCUGUGGCCCAUUGUUAUAGAGUAGAGCAUUAUGAGACAUUUGGUGAAGGAUGAUGGUGAUGAUGAUGAUGAUGAUGAUGAUGAUGAAGAGGAGUCAUGAAGUGUUAUAUCCACGUGUACUAUCCAAAUGACUAACCUAAAGAAACCAAAUAGGCCACGGAAGGGUAUUUGAAAUGACUCUGUGUAUGGAACCAGAUCGUUUCAACAUCUGGAAAUGACUGAAGUAUUCACUGGGUCAUUUGUAUUUAAUACAUAUAAUUCAAGCAGUGGUUUGAAUGAUAGUUCAACACAAAGAGAGUGAGGACAGGGAUGAUAGGGACGUUAUUACUCAGAAGGUCUGUUUAUGUUUUCUUAGUGUAUUUUUU